CUCGAUUUUAGGUAGACCGCAUCCUGGAUCCUGAACAGGCUGAAUGCUCUGCACGGAGGUGGUGGGGCAGAACGCGAUUAUGAAGCCCUGACGAGUACCUACAGCUCUUCCAUCGUCCUCGUCUUCAAUGGAACCCCGUUCCAAGCGCCUGGAGCAGGUCGCUGGGGCGUUCCAGAAUCAGAUAAAAUGGCCGAUCCAUUUGGAAUCCUUGGUCUGAUCGGCGUGGCCACGCAAAUUAUACAAAUCGGCGUGAAAUUUGGGCUGAAUUGGAAGGAUGCGCCCGCUGAUGCCAAAAGCUUCGUCCUCGAGCCUCAGGCUCUGAUAUCGGUUCUAUCCGAGACUCAAAAAAACAUCCUUGACAACCGAGACUUCGCCGACAUAUUCCAAGGCCGACUUCUGCCUUGCUAUCGCAGCUGGCGGAUUCGACCACUGACGCUCGGCUUAUGGUGACAACUUGUCAAUUGGAGUUGGCAGCUCUGCUCAAGGAGUUACAAACCAGAUGUCAAGCUCAUCGAGUGGGCUGGGAACGGCUGAAGGGCGCUUUUCUUGCCAGACAGACGCGGGAGGCUGUCCAGAAUCUUCAUAGGCAGUGCCAAAUCUUGAACAGCAUGGCGGCAAUUGACGCCCUCACUCUUGGAGCGGAUACCAAUCGCGAGGUCAACAAUAUUCGGAAAGAACUGCAACAAUUACGAGGAGUGGUCGAUGGGGUGCAGGAUUCUCAAGCCGACUGUGAGGCCGCCCGAGAGCGCAGGGCAAUUCUCGACUGGAUUACCCCAAUCGAUUAUGCCACGCAACAAAGCGACUUCAUACACCGGCGACAUCCCGGAACUGGGGAAUGGCUCCUCGACUCGGCCGAGUUCAAGAGAUGGUUGGGGACAAAGAAGCAGACGCUCUUAUGUCCGGGCAUCCCCGGAGCCGGAAAGACAAUUCUCACGUCAAUCGUAAUUGAAGAUCUUGUCACUCGCUUCGGAAAAGACGAAAGUGUCGGGAUUGCCUAUGUAUACUGCAAUUUUCAGCGGAAUGAUCAGCAGAAGGCCGAAGACAUCCUCGCGAGUAUUCUGAAACAGCUGGCUCAUGCACGAGCAUUGUUGCCCGGCGAACCCGGCCAUCCCUUGAUGAAAUCUAUUCGUUCCCGAUGUUAUAGAGAAAUUCCAUGGCAGCAUGCUUCUGGAAAUCCGGGCUAGCGAACAGGACGUGCAACGAUACAUAGAAGCCAACAUGUCACGCUUGCCAUCCUUUGUCGGACGUAAUCCGGAUCUUCGAGAGGAAAUCAAGACUGGGAUUGUCGGGGUCAUCGACGGCAUAUUCCCUAAUGGGAAAGAGGUCACCCAAGGCUCUUCGAAUAGCUCUAAAAAAUCUGCCGUCCGGUUCAGAAGCAUACGACCGUACAUACAACGACGCA